UGGGCAAUGCAUCAUGCAACCUACACAAAUGAAGAUUUGGACAGCGUCAAAGUGGUACAUAGAAAGCUGACCGGCUUUGGUGACCGUAUUGCAGCAUUCAUGGUAAACUUUAUGCGAUACUUCUUCGAUGUGGCAACACGUUAUCCAAAGCAUAGAGAACGUUUUCCACGUGUAAAAGGAUCAGAGAAAACUCUGGUCAAAAACAAGCGGCUGUUUCUGUUAAAAAAACAUUCUUCCACAAAAGAUCAACUUCCCGAAGAAAUGGAAUUGGGAGAAAUGCGAAAACGUCAUUUAUGUUUCGGACCAGAUGAUUGGCUAAUACGGAUAGUAUUCUUAGAAAGUGUAGCUGGCGUGCCAGGUAUGGUAGCAGCCGUAUUGCGACAUUUGCACAGCCUUCGCUUGCUAAGACGUGAUGGUGGUUGGAUUAAUACAAUGUUGGCAGACGCAGCAAACGAAAGACAACAUCUUUUAGUCGCACUCAAGAUGUACGAUCCUGGAUGGUUUAUGCGUUCAUUCUUAAUCAUUACUCAGGGUAUCUUUUGGAACUUCUUCUUUGUCUUUUAUCUAAUCGCUCCUCGAGUUGCACAUCGAUUUGUUGGUAUAUUGGAAGAAGAAGCUGUUUUGACUUACUCCCGCAUCAUCGAUGAUAUCAAAGAAGGUCGCUUGCCCGAAUGGGAUAAUUAUCCCGCUCCUCAAAUUGCAAUCGAUUAUUGGGGAUUGGAGAAGAAUGCACAAAUACUAGACGUGAUGCGUUUCUUGCGUGCUGACGAGGCCAAUCAUCGUUACAUCAAUCAUACCUUUGCCGAACUCAAGCCUUCAGAUUUCAAUCCUUUUGCUUAUGGUGAUCCCUCCCCUCAACUCAGAGGAAAGAGCUGGGGAUUGACAAGAGAUGAAGCUAUCGCAUACUUUGAGAAUGAGGAUAUC